AUGGCCUCUGAAGACGAUCGCCCCAAUGAUUCGCCCCGGAAUAAGCGUCGCAAAACAAGCGGCGACUCUUCUCCUCCUUACGCGCCGCAACGCGACGCCCUAGACAACGAUCGAUCACCUAGACAGUCUCGUCAACUAUCGAUACGAGACAAUCGCCGCAAUAGCAGGACUGUCAGCCCAAGUCCUGGUGACGAUUGUGCUGGAAACAAAUAUUACGAAAGUCGUCAACCUUUCAAGCCCAACUAUCGUGCCCGCCUUGUUCUUCAUGGUCACACCAAGCCUGUCUCUCAGGUCCGAAUAUCGCCUAAUGGAAAAUUCAUCGCAUCUGCAUCGGCGGAUGCUACUGUCAAGAUAUGGGACGCUACAACAGGCGAACACAUGGAUACACUAGUUGGGCACAUGGCAGGCGUGAGCUGUCUUGCUUGGACACCUGAUAGCAACACCAUCGCAAGUGGUUCAGACGACAAAGCCAUUCGUUUAUGGGAUCGCGUUACAGGGCGGCCAAAAACCACAACUCGAAAAUCGGUAGCUGGUCAAGAAAUGGGACCGUUGAAAGGCCAUCAUAACUAUAUUCACUGCUUGGCAUUCUCGCCAAAGGGCAACAUCCUUGCAAGUGGUUCAUACGAUGAAGCUGUGUUCCUGUGGGAUGUACGAGCGGGCAGGCUGAUGCGAAGCUUACCUGCACAUAGUGAUCCUGUCAGUGGGGUUGACUUUUCUCGAGAUGGCACGCUGGUCGUCAGUUGCUCGACAGAUGGUUUGAUUCGUAUUUGGGAUACAUCAACAGGCCAGUGCUUACGCACCCUUGUUCAUGAAGAUAAUCCAGCUGUCGCCAAUGUUUGCUUCUCCCCUAAUGGACGCUUCGUCCUGGCUUUCAACCUCGACAACUGCAUUCGCCUAUGGGAUUAUGUUUCUGGUACCGUUAAAAAGACAUAUCAAGGCCACGCCAACGAGAAGUUCGCUGUGGGUGGCUGUUUUGGAGUUCUGGAGGGGGCUCCUUUCAUUGCAUCUGCUAGCGAGGACGGCAGCAUCGUCAUGUGGGACGUAGUAUCAAAGACAGUCUUACAAAGAGUAGAGGGUCACAAGGGUGUGUGCUUCUGGGUGGAUGUCCAUGGAGAGACGAUGGUGACCGGAGGGCAGGACAACACAGUCAAGGUUUAUCGACACAUCAGAGAUAACAAGGUGAACGGUGAUACCGAAAAGGUGGAUAAGGAGCCACACUCUGAGGGGUCACUGGCGCAACAAGACGUGGCCAUGAAAGGGGCAUAG